AUGAAAGCCGCUCCUCUCAUCAUCAAUUGGCAUGACCAAAAUGCCCCCGUAUAUUCAGCUCACUUCGAACCCACAGGAAAGGGUCGUUUAGCUACAGCGGGUGGUGACAACCACAUCAGAAUAUGGAAGGUCCAAGUUGAUGGCGAGGACCGCAAGGUCGAGUACCUUUCAACUCUUUCCAAACACAACCAGGCCGUCAACGUUGUUCGUUGGGCACCCAAGGGCGAGCUUCUAGCCUCUGCAGGCGAUGAUGGCAAUGUAAUUCUCUGGGUACCAAGCGAAACACCCCAAACAGCCUUCGGUUCCGAUGCUCCAGAAGACAAGGAGUCAUGGCGAGCGAAGCAUAUGUGUCGAUCUAGUGGUGCAGAGAUCUAUGAUCUAGCCUGGUCUCCUGACGGUGUGCACUUCAUGAUCGGUAGCAUGGAUAACAUUGCGCGAAUCUACAAUGCUCAGACAGGUUCCCUGGUGCGCCAGAUCGCCGAGCACAGUCAUUAUGUCCAGGGCGUUACCUGGGAUCCCCUUAAUGAAUACAUUGCGACUCAGUCAUCCGAUCGAUCCGUUCACAUCUACUCUCUCAAGACCAAGGAUGGCCAAUAUACUCUCAAUGUAGAUGACAAGCCUCCCAAACUUGCCAGCCAUAUCAAAGCCGAUCUUCCUCCCCGACGAAUCUCCUCCAGCAGUCCCGCUCCUCCCGACUUUGGCCAUCGCUCUUCGCUCUCCGUCCUCGACCCCCCACCUUCUAUCGGGUCACCUGUACCUUCUGCGCCGGGCACGCCCACCUCGUUUGCACUUCCCAUGAACCCCCCGAGUGUCGUCAGCCAUAGUCGCCGGUCUUCGUUUUCCUCUCGACGAUCUGUAUCGCCGGCGCCGUCUAUGCCGCUCCCUGCAGUCAUGCCCAUGGAUCCUUCUCCAAAACCCUCAGCUAUGAGCAGUGGUAUGGGAAUGAAGAGUGCCAACCUCUACGCCAACGAGACCCUGACAUCCUUCUUUCGACGACUUACUUUCACACCGGACGGUAGCUUGCUGCUGACUCCAUCCGGACAAUACCAAAACCAACACCAGGCUGAGAGAGAUGCGAAGCCCACCUAUGAGGUGAUCAACACGGUCUAUAUCUACACGCGUGGUGGUAUCAACAAGCCCCCGAUCGCUCACCUGCCUGGCCACAAGAAGCCAUCCGUUGUGGUCAAGUGCUCUCCUAUAUUCUACACGCUGCGCCAGUCUCCUCCAGUGACACGGAACAUUACCAUUGACACAUCUUCCUCGGAAGAGCCUAUCCCAGCUCUUCCAGAGCCUCUUUCUAAGCCAUCGCCGGCUCCUUCGAUUAUGGAACCACCCCCUCCACCGGCGAACACAUCUGAGACCAAACCAUCGGGUGUAGAUGCAGCUUCAACCACACCGGGCCCCAAGCCGGCCUUUUCUCUUCCUUAUCGUAUGGUCUAUGCAGUGGCUACACAAGAUUCGGUUCUACUUUACGAUACACAACAAAAGACUCCUAUCUGUGUUGUUAGCAACUUGCAUUGCGCUACAUUUACUGACUUGGCGUGGUCAAGCGAUGGUCUGACCCUGAUGAUCUCCUCAUCUGACGGGUUCUGUUCUGCUCUAUCAUUCGCAGCUGGGGAACUGGGCGACAUCUACAAGGGCGAAGUCGGUCCUCCUAAACCUCAAACAGCUGCUUCAUCCAACCAGAGUACCCCUCUGCCCACGCCAACAAAUGCGUUUGCACCACCUUCACCAUUUCCCAAUGGCUCACAUCACCAACAUCGCAACUCGGCGAGCUCAUUCACGGCGCCUUCCCCUCCUCAAUCGGCUUCGGUUGCUUCUCAGCGCCCGUCGUCUCCUGCGCGAUCGAAUUCGACAUCAUCGAUUGCCACCAUCACUACGCAGGCCAGCACUGUGCCUGCUGCUGGAGUGGUUACUAACCCAACUCUUAUUUCUGGUAACGUUCCAGGCAUUGCUGCGACAAACUCCGGCAAAGUAACGGGUGUGCCAUUGACUACGCCUCCUGAAACACCCCGAAGUGCCAAUGCUACCGUGGUGGGCAGCAAGCGUGAAGCGAGCGAGAGCGAGAAAGAGGACGUCAAGGAGCCUAAAAAGAGGCGAAUUGCACCAACCCUUGUGGAGCCCAAGAAUUGA